AUGGGAGAAAAUCAUCACCAUCAUGACCGUGUGAUUCUGCAUGGGAUGUGGAUGAGCGCAUAUGCAAAGAAAGUAGAACUUGCUCUCAAGAUCAAAGGCAUACCCUUUGAAUACGUAGAAGAAGAUUUGAGGAACAAAAGCCCUCAACUCCUUGAACAAAAUCCUAUACACAAGAAGGUGCCGAUGUUGCUCCACAACGGACGGCCCAUCGUGGAAUCAAUUGUUAUUGUGGAAUACAUCGAUGAAACAUGGGAGAACCUACCUCGGCUCUUGCCGGAAGAUGCAUACCAAAGAGCAAGGGUUCGGUUUUGGGCGAAAUACAUUCACCAGCUGUCAGAUACAAUGAAGAAAGCAUUCAUAUCUGCUCGAGGACAGAACAAAAAUGCAGCCUUCAGUGAAUUCUUUGUGAAUUUGGAAAUGCUUGAAAAGGAAACUAGGGUUUUGUAUCCAAUGGAAAGGCCUAAAAUCUCAGCUCAAAGUUUGGGGCUUUUAGACAUUGCACUUGUUGCCACACUUGGUAUGUACAAGGCAGUGGAAGAAGUGCUGGGAAUGAAGAUAAUUGAUCAAGAAAAGCAUCCAUUUAUAUUCUCAUGGGUUGAAAGUCUUCUUGAGCUUCCUUUGGUGAGGGAGACUCUACCUCCACAUGAAAAGGUUGUUUCAAGGCUUGAGCUCAUUAAACAACAUGGUUUUAAUGCUGGAAUUCAGCCACCAUAGGA